CUCAUCCUGUCUAGUUGCUGAACAUGCCUGAACCCGCCAAAUCCGCUCCAGCCCCAAAGAAGGGCUCCAAAAAAGCCGUCACUAAAACCCAGAAGAAGGAUGGCAAGAAGCGUAGGAAGAGCAGGAAAGAGAGCUACGCCAUCUACGUGUACAAAGUGCUCAAGCAGGUGCACCCCGAUACCGGCAUCUCUUCCAAGGCCAUGAGCAUCAUGAACUCCUUUGUUAACGAUGUCUUCGAGCGCAUCGCAGGGGAAGCCUCCCGCCUGGCUCACUACAACAAGCGCUCCACCAUCACCUCCCGGGAGAUCCAGACCGCGGUCCGCCUGCUCUUGCCUGGGGAGCUGGCCAAGCACGCCGUGUCCGAGGGCACCAAGGCCGUCACCAAGUACACCAGCGCCAAGUAAUCUCUCUCUCCCCAUUCCCUGCCCCACAAACCCAAAGGCUCUUUUCAGAGCCACCCACCUCCUCUGUACAAGGGCUGCACCUACUUCCACUUUCAUCCAGAGUCGCUUAGUAUUUACAUUCAACUUCUAUCUAGAAGAUUUACAAACACCCUUCUGUGAAGAGGCUUUAGCGCCACGGCGUUAUAGUUUAACGUCUGAAGCCUUCCUUACUCCGUGCAGUAUUUGCCUAAAAACAGGAUUUGGCUCUUUUCAUAUAGAACAAAAGACCACAACGCUUCUGACGGUUUUCACUUGAUGGCUUUAGCUCACCGUUGUUUCAGUCCACACACACACACACACACACACACACACACACACACAUCAGUUCCUCCCUUAGGUUAACCCUUAUCACUGCCUAGUCCUAGGCCCGGAGUUCUAGUUGGAUCAGUUUUGCCAUUAAUCCGCUUUCUGGAGGGCUCCGGUGGAUUUCCUUUGGCGUCAGAUAUGAAGUGGAGUAUAAGCGGGUGGUCUCUACCUGCUCUCUAGUUGUGCUCCAUGUAACACAAUGGUUGUUCACCUUCCAAACACCUUUUCCAAUCUAGUUGUUUUCACAUUGCUCACCAGAAAUAAAGACUUUCUUCAAUUACCUUCUAUUUUUUAUUGUUUUUCUAAAGUUGAAGUUUAAAAACGUGAAUGUCCCUGGCCUUUCAGUCUGGCAGCUCAGUUAUUCAGGCGCAGAUUCUGAACUGUUACAACUUUGCAACAUUUGGGUAUAACAAUUGGUUGAUGCAAAUUUCAGCAACAUCGCUGGUGAAUUAGCAACUAUUGUAUCAAUUCUGACUGCUGCCUGUAAUCAAGGAAACUCAGGGAUUCUGCGCUGCAGGGACAAACAGAAGAAAUGUAUCAAUUUAGUAAGGAGUCUAAAUUAGAGUCAGCGACCCCCUCCUUUCAUAGCUACUUUAGAAUGUAAAAAAUGUAAAC